AUGUCAAGCAUCGAACAUCUUCACCAAUUCCCUGACCUGUUUGCUGUUGAUAUUCAGCCAGGAUCGUUUAACUCGGGCCUGAAAAGUCUUGUCUAUUUCAAGGAAAACCAAAUCAUGUCGCGAUUGACUGGGAUGUCGAGGACCCCAACCAAGACCUGGACCAGCGUUCAGUGUGGGCCGGGUCCAGAUGACCAUCUAGAACUUAACUCGGUCUUGGUAUAUGCCAACCACUCCUGCUUACCGAACGUCAUUGUUGAUGUAAGCUCCAACGAUUCGGAUGAAUGGCACUUCCGUGCUUUGAGGGAUAUAUCACCUGGAGACAACCUUACCUUUUUCUAUCCUUCGACGGAGUGGGAUAUGACACAAGCGUUUAAUUGCAAGUGUCAAGAAAAGAAUUGCCUAGGGAUGAUCCGAGGCGCCAGAUAUUUGGCUUAUGAUGAAGUAGAGGCCCGAGGGUUUAUUAAUGCCCAUAUCAUUCGACUCAUGGAAGAGCGAGAUGGCGCUUACGAAACUUCAUCCCGAAGCUCAGAUUGA